GCGGCCUGCACCAGCCCAGCGGAAUGGAAUAACAGCGAGCCCAUACGCGGCUGUAUGCGGCCCACAACAGAAGAACUAUACCCCCAUUCCGGCGCGGCCCAUGAGAGGAAAGCACCGCAAACCCCACAGCCGCCACUCUCUCCCCGGCGCGCCGCCGCAGCCAUGCUCCCGCUCGCCCGCGCGGCCCUCCGCCGCCUCGGCCCCGCGGCCGCGGGGGACGGCUCGCUCCCCGCCCGCCUCCUCCUCCUCGCGCCGCUCGCCUCCAAGCCGUCGUCGUCCACGCCGCCGGAGUACCAGAUGCCGUCGGUGACGUGGGGCGUGAUCCAGGGCCGCAGGGAGCGGCUCGUGUCCCGCGUGCUCGCCCUCGACUUCCUCCGCUCGGCCGGCGUCACCGACCCCGCGGGCGAGCUCGAGGCCGUCGAGCUCCCCUCCUCCCUCGACGUGCUGCAGGAGCGCCUCGACUUCCUCCUCCGCCUCGGCCUCUCCACCGACGACCUCUCCGCCUACCCGUUCCUCCUCGCCUGCUCCCUCCGCAAGAACGUCAUCCCCGUCCUCUCCUACCUCGAGAAGCUCGGGGUCACGCGCGCCCGCCUCGCCGCCUUCGUCCGCGCCUACCCGGCCUGCCUCCACGCCUCCGUCGCCGUCGACCUCGCCCCCAUCGUCAAGGCGCUCCGCGGCCUCGACGUCGACCGCCAGGACAUCCCCCGCGUCCUCGAGCGCUACCCCGACGUCCUCGGCCUCAAGCCCGACGGCACCAUCAGCACCUCCGUCGCCUACCUCGUCGGCAUCCUCGGCGUCGCGCCGCGUGACAUUGGCCCCAUGGUGACGCACUAUCCCUUCUUCCUUAGCAUGCGUGUUGGCACCACGAUCAAGCCCUUCUGCGAUUACAUCACAUCUCUGGGGCUGCCGAUGAGGAUUCUCGCGAGGAUUAUUGAGAAGCGGCCAUACAUUCUUGGAUAUGAUCUUGAGGAGACGGUCAAACCAAAUGUCGAGGCAUUACUCAGCUUCGGCAUUCGGAAGGAGGUGCUGCCACUCAUGAUUGCGCAGUACCCAUCCAUCCUUGGGUUGCCUCUGAAGGUGAAGCUAGCGGCACAGCAGUACUUCUUCAACUUGAAGCUCAAAAUUGACCCUGAUGGGUUCGCUCGCGCUGUUGAGAAGUUGCCACAGCUUGUGAGCUUGCAUCAGAAUGUGAUACUUAAGCCUGUGGAGUUCCUUCGCGGACGGGGAAUCACCGAUGAUGAUAUUGGGCGCAUGUUGAUCCGGUGCCCACAGAUUCUUUUGCUGCGGAAUGAGCUCAUGAAGAACAGUUUUUACUUCUUCAAGAGCGAGCUGAAGCGGCCAAUAAGUGAACUUCUGGAGUACCCAGAGUAUUUUACAUACAGCUUGGAGUCAAGGAUCAAGCCUAGGUACAUGAGAGUGGCAAGCAAGGGGAUUAGAUGUAGCUUGGAUUGGUUUCUGAACUGCAGCGACCAGAGGUUUGAGGAAAGGAUGCGAGGGGAUUUCAUUGAAGGGGAUGCACCAGGACCUUCGUUUACAAUGGGUGGGAAGCUUCAGAUGCCUGGUAACCAGAUAGUGUCUGAUGAUGAUAAUGAGGAUAGUGACGAUGAGGUCCUAUAUAGGCGGACGGUUAUGCUCUAAUUUGGUGGAAGCUAAUCCAUAAGGUCUUCCACAUGCGUUUCGGACAUCAUCAUAUAAGCAAGCUUAUAUAUUGUUGGUCGUCUUCGUUUGGAACGAAAUUGGCUAACCGUCCAAGCAUCCUGGCAAUGCUGGAUGGAGGCCUCUCUUGCCACCAGCCUCUAGCUGAGGUGGCCGGGGUGCCUGUCUAAGUGAUGACCUUGACCGUGCCAGUGGUACUCGAGUCUCGGGUACAUCCUCAGAUCCCUCUCCGUGAAGGAUGAAAGCGGGACAUGUGUACAUAAUUUUGAGCGGGUGAUGGAUGAAUUCCUCUAGCGAACAGACAUGAUGUAUCACUGAUGAAAAUGUUGUCCCACUGGAAAGAAAUGCUAGUUCAUUGUUGCAGUAGUUGAUGUUGAUUUUUGGUACUCUAUCUAGGACAGGGUGUGCUCACACAAUAGGGUUCAGAUUUUUGUACUAACACUUAGUAUUACUAUGUACUGUUAACUCAAAUACUCAGCAUAACAUAGCUUUGAUGGGGACUUCAUGGCAAAUCUUAUUUGAAUCUGAAA